AUGUCCACCCCCCCGAAAAAUCUGUUUACCAGGGCUACUGACCCUAGAGAUUACUUUGUUGGGCCAAGGCUGAAUGAGCUGAUUGAGGAAUUCACCCAGAAUGACCGACCAGGUCCGCCUCCAGCACCUAAGUCAGCCAUUGAUGCCAUGCCGAGAGUGAAAAUCACAGAUACCCAUUUGAAGGACGAUUCACAUUGUCCAGUUUGUAAGGAGGAGUUCAAGAUUGAUGAGGAAGUUAGGGAUAUAUUGUGUAAGCAUGUUUACCAUUGCAGCUGCAUUGCUCUCUGUUUGCAAAUUCACAAUUCUUGCCCAGUUUGCUGGCACGAACUGCAGGCUUCGUUUGACAAUGAUCUUUGUAUUGAUGAUGUUGUGGAUUCUCAAAGGGAGGAGGUCAAUAACCAUCGCCGGCAUACCACCUGA